GGCAUCGGUGUUGAAAACAUGUUUUAAUCUGCAGACUGCACUUACACAGAAAGCUGGUGCAGUAUCCGUCAAACAGUUAUAAGAAGCAAGUUUAUCAAACAAGCUUGCAACAUUUCUCCAGAUUGGAGAUCUGGGUGUGGGUUAGCCAAAGCUACUCAGUCUGGAUGAAAGCAGCAAACAUGAGAGUCCUGCAUGAACUCAUUUGAUUCACUGGUAUCGGCCAGCCAAAACCUUAAUAUCAGGUAGUUUUGCAAACGUUUGCUCGUCCGACAGCACUUCCCCCAUCAACAACAAACUAGUAAACCCUGCCUAGCCAAAGCUAGCUUAAUGAAAUGAAACGGACCCCAGCGAUUAUUAUCCGGAGGAUUGUUCCGAUCAUGUACGAGGACGUUAGCGGCGCAUUGUAGAUCUCUGCAAUAGAGAUCUUCUUCAGGAGUAGGAAUGGACGAGCAGAAAUCCAACUGCGAAGAAAAUGAUUCAGAAACUGCAGCUGAUGAUGGGACCCCUGCAAAGGAGAGCGUCCAAGUUGAGGGGGAACUGAGUGGCCCUGUUGCUGCAGAGGACAUCUCAGGCACUACUGUGGACACUUCCAGCUCAUCAUUGGAGACUGUCGGGGCCUGUGCUCUUUGUAACUGUGUGGAGCGUAGUCUGCAUGGACAGCGGGAGCUCCGGUGUUUUGGACCCUCUUCCGAUCGGCCCAGCUUGGAGCCCUCCGUCUCCUCUUUGCCAGCAGCUGGAAACGAUGACCUGUCUUCCAUUGGAUUCUCCGAGUCCACCUGUCUGGCAUCUCUCUUUAACGAUACAGGGAGCUGCUGGGUUCACCACUGGUGUGCCGUUUGGUCUGAGGGAGUGGAGCAGACUGAGGGUGAGGUGCUGAUAAACGUGGAUAAGGCAGUCAUCUCAGGGAUACAGCGGCCAUGUGAUUAUUGUAAACGGAUGGGUGCUACCAUCCGGUGCCGGGCCGAAGGCUGCUCACGGUUCUACCACUUCCCCUGUUCGGCUGCGAGUGGAUCAUUCCAGUCCAUGAAGCAGCUGGCGCUCCUCUGUCCAGAGCACAUAGACAAGGCCGAGGAGAUUGCGGGAGAGGAAGCACGGUGUGCAGUGUGCGACUCCAUCGGGGAACUGUCAGGUCUGCUAUACUGUACGGGCUGUGGGCAGCACUAUCAUGAUGCCUGUCUAGAGAUCAGUGCCACGCCACUUCAGCGGUCAGGUUGGCAGUGUCCUGAGUGCAAAGUUUGCCAGACCUGCAGGCAACCAGGGGAGGAUUCAAAGAUGCUGGUUUGCGAUGCUUGUGACAAGGGCUACCACACCUUCUGUCUACUGCCGGCCAUGGACUCUGUGCCCCCUGAUUCAUGGAAGUGCAAACGGUGCCGUGUGUGUAUUGACUGUGGCAUGCGAGGGCUAAAGCUUCCUGGCUCUGAACAGUGGUUUGAGAGCUACACGGUAUGCGAGGGCUGUCAGCGCAGGCGCACCUCUGUCUGCGGCGUGUGCAGUAAGGCCACAGAGCCCUCGGUCUCCCUGCAACAUCGCUGUGCCAUCUGCCACAGAUGGGUACACAGUGAUUGUGCCUCUCUGUCAGGGCCUCCUGAGGAGAAAUGCAUCUGUGUGCUCUGUAAAGAAAUCCCAGAUGAGGUUCCAAUCCAGUCUGAAGUGUCAUCCACACAAGUAGAUGAGAAAGCUGAUUUGGAGGUGCCAAUGGAAUUGGGGACAGAACUCGAGGUGGUUGGAACAGCAGAAGUGAAAGAAAACAUGGAGGAGCUACAGGAAGAAGGUGCUGAGGGCCCCACAGAGACUGAUAUGCACAGUGAGGUCUCUACAGAGCAGCAGGGCCCUUUAGCUACAGUUUCAGAAGCUGAUGAAAAACAAAAAGAGGAGACAACUACCAUUGAAACAGUGGCUACAGAGGCCAUUGAGGAAAAAUCAGUGGACACUCAGGACACUCCUGUGAAGGAUAGCCCAGACAGCCCUGUUCUAGACACUAUAGAGGAAGCCCAACUUGAUGUAGCUGAAAAGCAGGGGGAGUUGCAAAGGCAAGACAGUACUCCGCCAGCAGAGACAGAGUUGGCCAUCACAGAGGAAGCUACAGAAACAAACCCUCCAACAAACCUAUGUUCUCAGUCUUCUCAAAUCACACUCCCUGUUUUGGAAGCAGCAGAGCCAGUUGUUAUGGACUUGGAGGAGCCACAGCAAGAGGAGGCAAUAGACCGGACUCCUCCCCCUGCUCCUCAGACAGAAGUGCCCCCUGCAUCUGACACUGAUGAUAGAAUGGGCCAGUCUGAGGAUGAAGAAGAGGAAGAUGAGCAGGGGGUGGAGGAAUCUUUAGAGGAUUCGCUCCUUAAAGAUGAGAGUCAGGGAGAAGAUGACCAGUCCAGGAAAGAGAUGCAGGAGGGUAUGAAGCCGGAGCUGGUCCUCGAUGAGACAUCAAACAUUAGCCACGGUGACGAGAGCAGCAGCGGUUUCCUCGGCUCGCCGGCUGAGGCAGACUCUCAGAUGCUAUCCAUGGAGCUCAGUCUGGUGCCAGCCGGCAGAACCCGUUCUGAUUCGCUGCUCACCGAAACGGAGGACUCGUUGCCUUUUGAUCCACUGAAGCCCGAUGGAGAUAAAGUAAAGCGCAGAGGCUCUCCAGGACGCUCACGGGUAAAACAGGGCAGAGGCAGUGGUUUUCCAGGGAAACGGCGGCCACGAGGUGGUGGUGGCAGCAGCGGCAGUAGUGGUGGAAGAGGACGUGGGCGGUCACGUCUCAAAGCAAUGGCCUCUUGCAUUGAUGCCUUUCUACAAACCAUGACUGCAGACACUGGACUUAGCAAGGAAGAAGAUGAGGAGGAAGAUGACACCAUGCAAAAUACUGUGGUACUUUUCUCCAACACUGAUAAGUUUGUCCUGCAGCAGGACAUGUGUGUAGUGUGUGGUAGUUUUGGACAGGGUGUGGAGGGCCAGCUUCUAGCUUGUGCUCAGUGUGCACAAUGUUAUCACCCAUACUGUGUGAACAGCAAGAUCACCAAGAUGAUGUUGAGAAAAGGCUGGCGUUGUCUUGAGUGCAUUGUGUGCGAGGUGUGUGGGAAGGCUUCAGAUCCUGCCCGUUUGCUGCUUUGUGACGACUGUGAUGUCAGCUAUCACACUUAUUGCUUGGACCCACCCUUACAGACUGUGCCCAAGGGAGGCUGGAAGUGCAAAUGGUGUGUGUGCUGUAUGCAGUGUGGUGCUAGCUCCCCUGGGUUCCACUGUGAGUGGCAAAAUAACUACAAUCACUGCGGCCCUUGUGCCAGCCUGGUAACUUGUCCUGUGUGUCGUGAGAACUUCAUGGAAGAGGAACUGCUUCUGCAGUGUCAGCACUGUGACCGAUGGGUUCAUGCUGUAUGUGAGAGUCUUUACACUGAGGAUGAGGUUGAACAAGCAUCUGAUGAAGGCUUUGCCUGUACAGCCUGCACUCCAUAUGUCCCCAGGCCUGUUGUGGAGUCUACUAUGAUGUCAGCCUUCAAAAUGAAAGAACCAGAGCCACAAUUUUAUCGUCUGGAGGGAGUCUGGCUAACAGAGACUGGCAUGUCUUUAUUGCGAAGCAUGUCCAUGUCACCCCUGCACAAGCGUAGACAGCGCCGGUCCCGACUGGGCACCAUGUGUAUUGAUGAGCUGAAAGAAGGCGAUGCAGAUGGUGAUGAGGGGAAAGGAGGUGCAGAAGCGAUGGAAUGUGAGCCCAAGCUGGAAGCCCCUGGGAGCCCAGAUAGGGAUGGAGGAGUGGACAGAGAAACUGGGGCAGAUGGAGGUAUAGAGGGCAUGGCUGACUGUGAAACUCUCAAAGGAGGAGUAGAGGAGACUGAAGACGGGAAGAAGAGAAAGCGGAAACCAUAUAGACCAGGAAUUGGAGGGUUCAUGGUCCGGCAAAGAAAGUGUCACACACGAAUGAGGAGAAGUCUGUCUGCUUCUGGUGAUGGUGUUCCUGAAGGUCAAUCAGCUGAAAUGAAACUUGAGGAAGGACCUCACCCUGACAUACCUCUUGAUGUCCCAGAGACAAAAACUGCAGAAGGAGAGGGUGAGCAAGCCAAGAAGCGCAGGGGCAGAAAGAAGAGCAAGUUGGAGGAUAUGUUUCCUGCAUACCUGCAGGAGGCUUUCUUUGGCAAAACAUUACUCGACCAGAGUAAGAGAGCUUUUCUUGCUCCUCCAACCCAAAGACAUACGCAGGGCGUUUUGAGACCUCCACUUCCUGGGCAGGGGGCCAGAAAUGCAGCCUCUGAACCAGUUGAGGCUGCAGUCAGGCCAACUGGGCUGCCCAUGGAACUAAAGCAAGAAGGCGAGGGAUCCAAGCCUCCAGGAGAUCGAGCAGAAGGGCAAGGAGCAAGUGGGCAACUUUCUAACAAAAAUCAGAGCUCAGGAGAUACACAAGGGUCUGAUGUACAGAAGAAAGAAGAUCUCCCUCAGGGACUAGAAGGCCAGGACUCUCAGCAGUUUUUUCGCAAGGUACUAGGACCCACAGAGGGAAACGCCACAAGUGGGCCUCUGCAGCCUAGCAUUAAGCCUGUUCGAGAGGGUGAUUCAAAUCAAAGUAGUUGCCCUCAAAGAAGCCUUCUAGGUGCAUCCUUAUCUGGCGCACUCCCCACAACUAGUAUGAUGGAAUCUUUUUCAGGUCUCUCCCAGUCCCCUUUUUUUGACAUUCGGGAUCGAGGUGGUCUUUUCAGUCCAGACCAGGAUGAGGAAAGCCCAUGGGCAACACCAUCUGCUCCAGCCACCCCUUCAACUCCUCCAACUCCUACUGAACCGGAAGGUGAUGGCCUCUCCUACAACCAGCGCAGUCUGCAGCGUUGGGAGAAGGAUGAGGAAUUGGGAAAUCUAUCUACCAUCUCUCCUGUACUAUAUGCUAACAUGAACUUCCCUAGUCUCAAACAAGACUACCCUGACUGGGCCAGUCGAUGCAAACAAAUAAUGAAGAUUUGGAGGAAGGUAUCAGCAGCAGACAAGGUUCCUUAUCUGCAAAAGGCCAAAGAUAAUAGGGCUGCUCAGAGAAUAAAUAAGGCACAGAAGCAGGCAGAGAGUCAAGUAUGUCGGCCUAUUAAAACUGAGCCUGGCCGUAUUAAAGGAGAGCGCCCUAAUCUGCACCUCCAAAUUCCCCCACCCUCAGGCUCCGUAUCCACACCCUCCCAGCCGAGCUCUGCAGAGAGUCCCUACCCCCUUGCCCCUGACUCUGCAUCUUCAGCCUUUUUUCCUGAUGGACCCCUCAAGACCCCUUGCUCAGCUGAUGUUCAGACAGACCCAUUUUCUAAACUUCCCUCUCAGUCUCCGCACCUUCAGUCUCAGCCAUCCACACCAUACUCACAGCCUUCUUCCAGCCCCUUGCAGGCCUCUUCCUCAGGAUAUCCUAUGCCUGGCCCACAGGGUGCUACUCAGGGACGGCCAGCCAACUUUGGCUCCCUUGACAUGCAACCAGGGACUCCUCGCAGGGCCCAACAGGUUGACCCAUUUUUUAAAUCACAACAGCAAAUCCCCAAACCGCAGCAGCUCUCUCAGGAGGCCUUAGGUCCACCUGAGAGUCCUAGAUCUAGGCCUGGUGGGCCUGGAGACUCACAGAUGUUCUCACCGCCUCAUACAGCCCUUUGUGGAGACCCUUACCGUGGGCAGCAUGGAGCUAGCCGGCAAGAUCAUGCUUCAUCUCCAUCACCUUCUGCGAUAGCUUCUUCACCUGCUGCAGUGGGUCAAAAUAGGGCAGAAAUUAAUGCCCCAUCUCCACGUUCUUCAUUUGGCAGACAAGACCUAAGCUCUGGUUCUCCUGCUAGUUUGGACUGUGGAGAUGGGCUAUUUAAAGCUCCCAUGACACCUCGUAUGCAUCAGGGGGAUGCAGGCGGAUUAUCUGUUUCACACCCUCCAGGUGCCUCUCCAAAUCAUCCUCCUGAGAGCUACCGCCAAUCUCCCUCUACGUUCUCUGACCCUUACGCCCAGCCUCCUCUCACACCGCGACCUCAAUCGGGUGACGGCUCGUCCCCUCUACCCCAGAGGCUUCCUCAGCAAGAAACGUACUCAAGAUUGCCUUCCAGCCCUCAGUCACAAGGCAGUUCUCAGUCGCCUCUCACACCAGGAGCCAUUUCCAAUGAUGUGCUUUCUGUGCAGUCACCAGUCACUCCACGCUUCCAGUCACCUGACCCCUACUCCCGCCCACCUUCACGACCUCAGUCCAGGGAUUCAUUUGCCUCAUUGCAUAAACCCCCCCGCCCAUCUUCUGUAGCACCAGAAGGUAACUCUCCUUUUAGAGGCUCGCCUCAUCAUAGCCAACAACCGCCCUGCUCACCCUCAGUAGCAGAUCCGCUCUCUGGAAAACCCCCUGCUUUCAGCUGCAGUCCUGGUGUAGGGCUUCAAAUGGGCCAGCAACAAGUAAUUGGCCAGCAGCAGAUGACUCCUCAGCAAGCUCAGGUCCACCUCCAGCAGCCACAGUCCCAAACACAACCAGUGGGUGCUGAAUUUAACUCAAGAAUAGCACUCCCACCUGGAAACCAAGAAGCAAGUGUGCGGGCAACAGAUGGUCCACAUUUACCCAACUUGCCAGGGGUGCAGGAUAUGUCAGAGCUGUCAGCUGGACAGGAUCCAGCUCUCAUGAGCCUUAGUCCAUCCGAGUUAGAAAAGCACAGACAGAGGCAACGAUCACGAGAAUUUUUGAUAAGACAAAAAAUGCAGAGAAACUCACUUCGCCAAGAAAAGGAAACACCUGUGGUGGGUAAUCCUGCUCAGAAUUGGCCAGGUGGGGAUAUGCCACCCUUUCAGCAAGACAAAAGCCAGCGAGCACCACCUCCUUACCCUCAGGACAGAGCUGUGGUUGCUCAGGCAGCACUUGCCACCAGGAUGCCUCCGCCAGUGGGAGCAAUGGAUGAAAAGCUCUGCCGCCCACCUCCUCCUGGGACACCAGCAACUAUGGACCCCAGUGCUUUAAGGCAAGCUGGGCCCAAUAUUUCUCAGGGGAUGUAUUCUCGUCCACCAUUUCCUGCACAGUGGCAAAACCAAGGUGUUCCACGGAGGUUCCCACAGCCAUCUAUGAUGGAAGCCGUUCCCAGACAGCACCUUAAUACUCCCAUCAACAAUCCUCUUAACAUGCAGUCCAUGCAGAAUAUGCCCAAUCCAUUGACAGGGGCUCCAGGCACUGGCACAGAGGCUGUACAAAGCCAUGUGUCGGGAGCUCCACCUCAGUUUAUAGAGCUGAGGCAUAAUUCCCAGAGAAUGCCACUGGGUCCUCAGUUUAUGCAAAGGGCGCCUAUACCCAGACCACGCAUGUUUCUUCCACAGCAGGAAAUGAAUGCUGCUUUUGUUCAGCAGAAUUUACCCCCUUCUCUCGAAGCUUCAGCGGAGGGAAUGCGUGAUCCUAGAAUUGGGUUACAGCAGGGUGGCAUGGACCUACUGAUGCAACAACAAAGCAAUGUUCCCCCUUCUCAGUCUCAACUACAGUCGCAGCAGGUGCCAACUACUACACCCAAAACUCCCAUUUCUCACACUACUACUCAGCAGCUUUCUCAAACAAGUACAAUAGGUGGUCAGCAGACUGUUGUAAAUCCAGUUGACCUACCAGAGUCUGACCUUGGUCUUGGUGAUACAGUGGCAGAAACCGGAGUCGAGGACGAUGAUCUUGCUACUCUUGACUUGGAUCCUGAUAAAGGUGAUGAUGAUUUGGGAAACCUUGACAAUCUUGAGACCAACGAUCCUCAUUUGGAUGAUCUGCUAAACAGUGAUGAAUUUGAUUUGCUGGCUUACACUGACCCUGAACUUGAUCAGGGUGAUCCCAAAGAUGUCUUCUCUGACCAGUUACGACUUGUAGAAGCAGAGGGGGAAGGACCAGGUUCUUCUACUAAAGUAGAAAUCAAGGUCGAAGAGAAACCAAAAGUGGAUAUAGUUUCCCAGGACAUGCACACAACUGCCACUCAACCGCCUUUAAAGACUGAGACUUCAUCUACCAAAACUCAGAAGGUAGAGUCUUCUGAUGUCAUUAGGCUAUCCUCUGUAAAACUUGAAGACAAGGGAUUGAUUGAACAACCACAGUCAGCACAAGCUCCUGUUAAAGAUGACAUUAGUGAAACCGUGUCUGUUUUGCUUAGUGGAACAAAAGCCUCUAAUCAACCAGAGACUGCAACUGCUUCAUUGAACACAGUCCGUCUAGGUGGCAUACCUUUUCCUCUUCCCAGCCAAGCAGAAGCACUGUCUUUUCCACCAACUGCACCACAUCCGGACCUGGGUAAUGAUCCCCUUGGAUUACCAGAUGCUGGCCACCAUUCUACAGCAGACGAUCUUGACAAAGUAGAAAGCUCACUGGAAGCGAGUGAAUUACCUUUGUUAAUACAAGAUCUUUUGGAACAUGAAAAGAAGGAGCUUCAGAAGCAACAACAGCAGCAGCAGUUAAGUGCUCUACAAGGAGGAAUUGGUAGUCAACUCCACGGCAUUCAGAAUCAGCAACAGCCUCCACAAGGGCCAAAUCAAAUUAUGAUGCCACAGCAUCACCAUCCACCCCAAGGCAUAGUGCCUCAAGCUGGUAUGGUGCCCAGGCCUCCUCACAUGUUACCACAACAGCAGCAGAGGUUAAUUGGUGCUGCAGUGCCUUCACCUCCCCAUGCAGCAAUGGGACAGCAGCAAGGCAUUUUACGCGGUGUACAGCCUGGUAGAAUUCAUCCAGGUCUUACUCCUCAGCAGCAGACAGCUCCACCUCCGCAUGUUGUUAAACCGCAGAACUUGGCCAGCAACUUUUUCCCAGAUAAAGACCUGGAUAAAUUCAUGACAGAUGAUAUAAUGGAUCCCAUUGCAAAGGCUAAAAUGGUUGCACUGAAAGGCAUUAAAAGGGUGUUGGCUCAAGAUCCUAUGGGUGUACCACCAGGAAUGAAUAGGCAACAAGUGUCUCUAUUAGCUCAGAGGUUGACCUCUGCCCCUGGAAAUGAUGAUUCUCAGGCUCAGCUUGCUCCUGGGUCUUCUAAGGAGGGUGAAGGCAGCAACCAGGUUCAAACAAGACCAAAUCCUCCACAGUUUGGCAUCAUCAAUGAUGCUGAGCAACACCAAUAUGAAGAAUGGCUUGUGCACACCCAGCAGUUGCUGCAAAUGCAGUUGAAGUUCUUAGAAGAGCAAAUUGGAGCACAUCGUAAAUCCCGUAAAGCUCUAUGUGCCAAGCAGCGCACUGCAAAGAAAGCUGGGCGUGAAUUUGCAGAGGCAGAUGCUGAAAAGCUCAAACUGGUCACUGAGGAACAAAGUAAGAUCCAGAAACAGCUGGACCAGGUGCGUAAACAGCAAAAGGAGCACACCAAUCUUAUUGCAGAGUACCGAAGCAAGCAACAACAACAUCAGCAAGGGUCUUCUAUACUUGCUCCAGGGCCCUCUACACAAGCACCCCACAUGCUUUCCAAAAUGCCUGGACAAAUGAUGAUGGGCCAACAAGGAGCACCAAUUAUUGGUCAACAACCUGGAGGAAUGCCUCAAGUAGGGAUGCCUCAGGGAGGCAUGCCAGUUAGGAUGCCUCAAAUGCAACCUUUUGGUGGAGCCCAGCCUUCUCUCCCACUUGGACCUGGCACUGUGCAACCAGUGCCACCUCCUGGUUUUUUCCAACAACCCCCUGGAGCACAAGGACCAGAUCCAAGAGUUAUACAGGAGCGACAGUUACAGCAUAGAAUGCAAAUGGUUCAAAAAAUGCAGCAACAACAACAGCAGCAGCUAAUGAUGGGGCAGCAGUCUAUGCCACAUCAACCUCAGCAGCCUGGUAUAAUGAAUCAGCAACCUGGAGCCAUGGGCAACCAGCCAACCCAAGUUUUAAUGGGCAAUAUGGGGCAGCAGCAACCAAGCUUACAACAAGGAUUAAUGAAUAGCCAGCAAAAUCAGCAGGGGUUAAUGCAAACAACUCCAGGUAUGAUGGGAAACCAGGCUAUUGGGCAGACACAACAUAAUGUCAUGGGCCAACCUAUGACUCAAACUGUAAAUAUGAUUGCAGGCCAGCCACAGGGUAUGGUUGGUAAUCAACAAAUUGUUCAGCAGCUUCAGAGACCACAGGGUUUGAUGGAUCAGCAUGGGCCAGGUGGACAACAUGUUAUUAGGGGGCCACCAACACAACUCACGCCUCAACAGCAGAGUGUAAUGGCUCAGCGCAUGCUCAUGACACAACAGCAACAGAAUGCUGCAAAAAACCUUGCUCAACUUCAGCAGCAACAAAUUUCACAACUGAAACAACCUCCACAGGUUGGUCCCUCUGAGCCACAAAGAGCUUUAGAAACUCCACAAUCGGCUAAUCCCCAAGGAGCUACUGAGAACUUGCAGCAAGGUGUCCAAGACCUUCAAAAUCCUGAUCAUAAAGAUGGGGGACUGCUUAGCCCAAAAACACCGCCCCAGCAGGGUGGACCUCCUACACCACUUCAGAUGCAACAGACGGGAUCUAAUGGAGACCAACAAUGUGGUGUUGGACAGCCACAGCAAACACAUGCUUUUCUGGGUCAGCAACAGACAGCACAGCCUCAGUCAAACCAGAAUAUUGGAGUACCAGAACAACAUGGUUUCGUGGGCAACCAACAGGCUGGUCCACAUCUUAAAGUACAACCGCAGCAGCAACAGAUGCAACUUGGUCUUCAGACGCAGAACACCAUACAAAUAAAACAGGAAGAUCAGCAAAUGUGCUUUAUGGCACAACAGCAAGCUUGUCAGAUUGCUGCACAACAACCACAGGAUAUGCUUGGCCAAAAUAGUGGUCAGACUCAAACUACAAUGACUGGCAUUACAAAUCAACAGCAGCAAGCUCUCUUGACUCAACAGAUAGGCAUGCCUAGAGGCCAGCAGAUGGUGAUGACUCCAAGGCCUGGUGCUCCAACAGGGCAAAUACGUGCCCCUUUCAACAUUCAGGCCUUCAUUGCACAGAACCCACAACUCCGUCACCUGACUCCCAGCCAACAGUUGCAGCAAAUUCAGGUAAUGAUUGCUCAGCGACAGCUACAGCAAGGCCAGAUGCUAAGAAUGCAAGGUCAGGCUCAGGGACAAAUGCGUCCCCAGGUCCCACAGGGGCCACCAGUUGGUCCACGGAUGCCAGGUCUUGAAGCCCAACAACAGCAGCACCGCUUUGGAUUAGCAGGCAAACAUGGUCCAGCCGGCCCUCAACAGCAAUCGGGAGCAAUGGGACAAUCAUCUGGUAUGGCUCCACAGUUUCAUCAAGGUGUUUCGGGGGCUAUGCAGCAACCUUCUCAAGGACCUUUGCCUCAGUACAUCAAUAGUGCCCAGCAGCAGCAGAUGUUACAACAGCAACAAGUACAUCAGCAUCAGAUGAUGAGGAGUCAAGUGCCCAGACCAGUAAUGGGUCAAGUUCGUGCCACAGCACCAGGACAUAUGGCUAGGCCGAUGUCUCCCCGUCAGUUAGUGGGUCAGGGUUCUCCUGGAAGCCCACUUUCUAAUCAAAGGCUCAUGAGAAUUUCUCAGACUCCACCAGGCCCCCAGCACCUUCAGCAACAGCAGGCCCAUGUGGCAACAGCACUGAGCCCCUUUCAAGCCUCUCCCUCUCAUGUGGGUUCUCCUGCAGGGUCUUCUGUUCCAGAACCUGGUUCAAGCCCAGCAUCUGUACAUAAAUCUGAGCCAGGCACCUUGUCCCUCUCUAGCCACUUGUCAUCCCCUUCUAGGCCAGAAAAUGUUGUAGGAAAGAGUAGUCCCUUUAGCCAGACAGGGGGAUCAAUAGCUUCACCUUUGCGAUCUCCAAUUGCCAAGACUCAGAGCCCCAAUACUGAAACUCUGUCAUCUCCUUUUCCACUUAAUGGUCCAUCUCCUCAGUCAGCACAGAACCCACACCAAGCAACAACUGCUGCCCAAGUAUCUGAUAGUCAUUUGUCUCAACCAGCUCAGCUGCCCAGUGAAAUAACACUGCAAAACAUCAAACAAGAACCACGUGAAGUCCAGUGUGACACUGGAGGUAGUGUAGAGGCCCAUUCUGAAGGCAUAAAGAGAGAAAUUUCUGGAGAGGCAGUCACUGCCAUUGCAAACUCUGUUCCAGGCUCUAGAUGUCAAGCAGGAGAUCUUGGAUCCCAAAUUCAAAGGACAGAGACUGGCCAACAGCUCCUACAGAAACUUCUUAGAACCAAGAACUUACAAAUGGCUUCUCAGAGGCCCUCAGAUGGCAUUCAUAAUGAGAUAAAUGGGCACAUCAAUAGCAAGCUCGCAAUGCUAGAGCAAAAGCUUCAAGGAACUCCACGCAACAUGGAGGAUCUGCAGUCCCUCACAAAGAGAACUCCGAUAGUAAAGGCAAAACGUACCACAAAAACUGGAGAGCGUGGACCAAACUCUAGAAAGAAAACCAAGAAAGAAGAGGUUGGAAAAACUGAGGCAAUAAUGAAGCAGCUGAAACAAGGACUUUCUCUUCUUCCUUUGAUGGAACCCUCCAUUACUGCUAGUCUGGAUUUGUUUGCUCCUUUUGGCAGCAGUCCAGCCAAUGCUAAGGCCCAGUUAAAAGGCUCAUUUGGAAAUGCUAUGCUGGACAACAUUCCAGACUACUAUUCCCAACUUCUUACAAAGAACAACCUCAGCAAUCCUCCAACACCACCAUCAUCACUUCCUCCAACUCCACCACCUUCUGUGCAACAUAAGCUUCUAAAUGGAGUAACACCUGUAGAAGAACUAGCAGAAGGUCAGAAAGAGACAGAGACAUCAGAGGAUACCAUGGGUUCUGUUCCAGAUGAAGUUAAAAGUGUAGACAUACUAGCAGCUCUCCCCACUCCACCUCACAACCAAAAUGAAGAUAUACGGAUGGAGAGCGAUGAAGACAGUGACGCUCCAGACAGCAUUGUGCCUGCAUCCUCACCUGAAAGCCAACUAGGUGAAGAGACAACACGCUUCCCCCAUCUAUUGGAUCCUAAAGAGGAGGAAGAUGAGAGGGCCAUCUCUCCUGUUAUACCCAUUAUUCCUCCUUCUGCCAUCCCAAGUUUUUCCGAAACAAAACCAUUUGAGUCAGCGGAUGGAAAAGUUGUUGCCUCAUCCAGCCAGUGGGACAAAACCAAAAGCAAUGAAGUGUCUGUAACCUUUAUGCUUUCAUCAGCUGCAGCAAAGAAUCUCAACACAGUGAUGUUGGCUGUUGCCCAACUGCUGCAAAUACGUAUGCCAAGUUCUUAUGAGGCAGCUUUUCCCCAGAGUCCUGGUAGAGCAGGUGUUGGACCUGGGAAAGUACCUGACGCUUCCAACCCAGGUAUGAAGGCGGACCCUUCUGCAAGCCAUGAUGCAGAAUGGCUUAGGCAGUUUGAUGUUUCCCUCCCAGGGUGUACCCUGAGAAAACAAGUUGAUAUUCUUGCUCUCAUCAAACAGGAAUGCCAGGAGCAAGAAGAUAGACCUGCUCAGCACUGUUACAUGACAAAUGUUUCAGAUCUGGAUGUGCGCCACCUGCCUGUUAUUCCUGUUGAGGUUUCUCCACCUCCAUCACCAUCGCCACCUCCUCCUCCUCCACCUCCACCUCCACCUCCAUCAUGUACUGCAGCUGAGCCAGAAAUCAUUACUCAACCUGAGCCCAAACCUGAACCAGAUGCACCAAUUCAGACUACAUCAUCCCCUUCGGCAAGUCCAAGUGCUCCUGUCAAAACUGAAUCUAUAGAUAAAUUGGAAUCUCACAGCUCUCCUGUUGCUAUGGAGUCUGAAUCUCAGGAACCUGUGGUCCUUCCCCAAGCUGCUCCAUCAGAAGAACAACAACCUCCUGCUCCAGCCAGUUCUCCUCCUCUAGACUCCCCCACAUUGGAGAUAUCCCUCAAACCCAUCAAACACCGUAGCAGGCCUCUUUCUGAUGAAGAAGAAGAACGACCCAAGGUUAAAAAAUGGAAAGGUCUGCGCUGGAAGCGUCUCCAGAUAGUCAUCACUAUUCGCAAAGGAGGCUCUAAGAAAGAGAACAGCCGUGAAGUUUCAGAGCUCAUGGAGCGUCUCCGCAUUACGCUGAAACCAGACAGGCUUCCCCGAGACAAGCGCAAGUGCUGUUUCUGCCAUGAGGAGGGAGAUGGUGUCACAGAUGGACCUGCACGCUUACUUAACAUAGAUGUUGAUCUGUGGGUCCACCUUAACUGUGCUCUAUGGUCCACUGAGGUGUAUGAGACCCAGGGAGGAGCACUUAUUAAUGUGGAGGUUGCCCUUCGGCGUGGACUACGCACCCGCUGUGCCUACUGUCAGAAGACGGGUGCUACUAACAGCUGCAAUCGUCUGCGCUGCCCGAAUGUUUAUCAUUUUGCCUGUGCCAUCCGUGCACGCUGCAUGUUUUUCAAAGACAAAACUAUGCUCUGCACCCAGCACAAGCUUAAAGGCCCCAGUGAAGAGGAGCUUAGCAGUUUUGCUGUUUUUCGACGUGUCUACAUUGAGCGAGAUGAGGUGAAGCAGAUCGCAAGCAUCCUACAACGUGGCGACCGCAUUCACAUGUUCCGUGUUGGCGGGCUCAUCUUCCAUGCUGUGGGCCAGCUCUUGCCUUCUCAGAUGACUGUGUUUCACUCACCCACUGCUAUCUUUCCAGUGGGCUAUGAGGCCACACGCAUUUAUUGGAGCACUCGUGUGCCAAACCGCAGAUGUCGCUACCGCUGUCGCAUCAGUGAACAGGAUGGCAGGCCUCUGUUUGAAGUGCGUGUGCUGGAACAUGGGUAUGAAGACCUGCACUUCCGAGACACCACUCCAGAUGGAAUUUGGUCCAAGAUUGUGCAGCAGGUUGCCAAGCUGCGUGAUGAAGCAGCCAUGUUGAAACUCUUCACCGAGCAUGUCAAGGGAGAGGAGAUGUAUGGGCUCACUGUCCAUGCAGUGAUGCGAAUCACUGAAUCGCUUCCUGGUGUGGAAAACUGUCAGAAUUAUACGUUCCGAUAUGGCCGCCAUCCUCUGAUGGAGCUUCCACUCAUGAUCAAUCCUACAGGCUGUGCACGAUCAGAACCCAAAAUUCUCACCCACUGCAAAAGGCCUCAUACUCUGAACAGCACGAGUAUGUCCAAAGCCUAUCAGAGCACAUUUACUGGAGAGAUCAACACCCCAUACAGCAAGCAGUUUGUUCAUUCCAAAUCUUCUCAAUAUCGUCGGUUGAAGACGGAGUGGAAGAACAAUGUGUACCUGGCCCGUUCUCGCAUUCAAGGACUGGGUCUGUACGCUGCUAAAGACCUUGAAAAACACACCAUGGUCAUUGAGUACAUUGGCACCAUAAUUCGCAACGAGGUUGCAAAUCGCAGAGAGAAGAUUUACGAGGAGCAGAACCGUGGGAUCUACAUGUUCCGCAUUAAUAACGAGCAUGUGAUUGAUGCCACCUUAACUGGCGGUCCUGCCCGUUACGUUAAUCAUUCUUGUGCACCCAACUGUGUCGCGGAAGUAGUGACAUUUGACAAAGAGGACAAGAUCAUCAUCAUUUCGAGUCGCAGGAUCCCAAAGGGUGAAGAGCUGACAUAUGACUAUCAGUUUGACUUUGAGGACGAUCAGCACAAGAUCCCCUGCCAUUGUGGAGCCUGGAAUUGCAGAAAGUGGAUGAACUAACAGGGACAGAGAAAGAGUCCGACCCGUCUUUGCUCCCUGGUGCCAGAACACUCCUGCGCCAAAGCCUGUUAUAUUCUUACUAUCCAGUUAAUAAGCUGCUCUAAAUUGAGGAAGAAAAGUUCAUUCUCAGUCACCCGAAAGACAAGACUUCGUUAUUCACAACAAGAGCCAAAGCUUUGAAGAGUAAACUUUUGAUGCCACAACCUUUUACAGAUGAGCUCAAAGGUAUUGGACCUGCUUGAAUCUUUCGUGUUGAUUUUAAAAAGUACACCUCUGCCAAAAGCACCUCUACUUCCUCCACUGUUUCCUCCUACAAUAAGCUGACUCUGGCUGCAAUCGAUCCUUUCGACAUCUACCAAAAUAACCGAAGCUAUAGCAUAUCAAUACACUUAGACUAGAACUCAGUGAAGAUGUUUGAUUAAAGCCAUGUAAAAGUACUCAAAAAUGAACUAGUACACUUUAGCUUGGACCUAUCCUUUCCGCUACCACCCUUUCCGUCACCCCAGAUGAACGCUCUCCCAUCAAAUCAUCAAUGAAGAUCGUGGACAUUGGCAAGACAAUCCUGGAGUGGCUCUGCAUAGAACUGUGAUGAGAUAUAACGUCGAAAUACUAUUGACCUGUGGCUCGAAAGGCACCAGAUGUUUUAUUAUAUUGAGUUAAAAGGUGGGUUUAUUUCACCCAGUCUACCUCAUUGAGUUUGUGGGACGUCACUGCUUUGUAUUAAAACUGUUAAGUGCUACUGUGGAAAGGGGAAGGCAGGAAUGUGUCCAUGGCAAUUGCCUUCUCGGAUAAGCAGGGAAACUUAAGCAGCAGGUUUGCUUCUAUCUAUAUUUUGCUUUCUGAUGAUUACAAUAGUGAGCCAGUGCAACUCUUUUUGAUUUGAUUAUACAAAUGAGAUACAGUAUAUGACGAUGCAUUACUUAGAGCAAUCAAAACUCAAACGGGUGUCUCGGAGGUCACCUUUUUCCGACUGUAGAUAUCAUGUAGCUGCGUCGACACACAUAAGGAUCAUGCUUUUAGUGUAGAAACGCUCAUCCGGAUUCUCUCGCGUUCUUGACGACGGAGCAAAUUAUAAGAAAGGGCCACGGUGCGGAUCCACAUUGGUGCAAUUUGAAAGAUUAUAGGGCAAAAACUAGUGAUGCAAGACUGCCACCGCAUUCAACAUGUUUUCCCAUCUUGAAUCCUUCCAUCCUGCUUUCAUUAGAUCUCCGUACGGAUCUCAUCACUCCAACCAGGACCCUUAGGUGUAAAGCCUCUUCCCUUCUGUGAUAGUGGACUGUUGUAAACUUACUGUAGUGAGUCUUUCUCUGCCUGCUGACGGCCGGUUGUAUCUAAUCUAUGUAUCGUGGUUUGAUAGUGGUAGCACAGUCUACAGGCUUGACGCAGUGAUGGAGGAAGACUUCAAAAGGGCAUUUCUAUUUUCUUUUAUAGUAAAGUAAUUUAAAACAGUUAAAAAAAACAAAAAACCAAAAAAACAGUUGAAUUUCAAAGAAGGGAGUUGAACAAAGUCUCCACAUAGCCCAUGCUACUUUGUUCCUUUCUCCCCUGACUUAUGACCUCACGUUAAGAAUAAAUGCAAAAUGUAUAAACUGUACAUAGUAGGGGUCUAAACUCUUUAUCCAGCCCCUUUUACAUCAAAUUCAAAAUUGUAGAGAAAUAAAAUUCAUGAAAAAAGCAACCACUGGAUAUCAUUUUAUCAGAAAACUAAAUGUGUAUAUAUCUAUAAAUAUAUGUAAAAUGGCAAACUAAGUAAUAUCUUUAUGUAUAUGAACAAGAGUGUUUUUGCAUUUAACUUUUUUUUUUUUUUUUUUUCUAUCUGCGUUUUUCCUACAAGACCAUAUACAGUUUAACUAAAAAAGGUGUGAUGUUUCUCUUGUCUUCACCAAUGAAUUUUGGAAGACUUGUUGCGGUGAAUGGCAAACAUUUAAGAUGGGAUUCAUGCAAAGUUUUUUUUUUUUUUUUUUUUUUUCAUGGAAAUAGAUACUACUUUUGUUUUUGAGAGAUACAGCAGUAAAAUGGUGCAUAGCAUUUGUGUAUUUAUGUAAUAUUGUUCACGUAUAUUUCUUUUAUUUAUGCUACUGCUUGUGAAUUACUGAACCCUGUCCUUGAAUCAGUGACAGUUUAAUUAGCAUAUACAGUUAAUGGAAAAUCUUGAAUCUCCCAAGAUGAUACUGUUUUUGAUUCGUGUCCUGUUGUUUUCUUCCCCUCCCCUUCCUG